AUGGCUUGCGGCUCCUGUUGUUGCGGGAAGCCAGCUUCAACUCCUCCCCGGCAGUCCAACUCCGCCGCCGCUCCGAUGCAGGACGAUCGCGACAGCUGCUGCAGCAACCCAAACCCGAUAGCCGACAAAAACCCCGACCAGCUCGGGCUUGCUGGCGCCGCGCGUAAUAGGCCUACCGAGGAGGAUGACUGCUGCGAUCCCAAGCACGCAACCCCUGGCUGCGGGAAGGGCUGCUGCUCUGCGCCGACGCCGCCGCGUCCGGAUGACACGCCCGUGCCCAGCUGCUGCGAGGGUAAAGCCGCUCCUUGCUGCGACGAGUCCUGCCUCGAUCGCCUCGCGCUGCGCGAAUGCGAGAAGUACGGGCCUGGCCUUACAGCCCACGGCUCGACUGCCUCUGCUUGUGGCCGAGGUAAGGACGGCAAGCCAUGCGUCAACCACGCGAACAAGACCCGCCUGGCGUACGCGGAGAGACUCGAGGCUCUCGGCUGUAUCUGCCGUGCUCUGAUCGCCCUGGGACAAGAGUCUUGCUGCCUGCCUCCGCGCCGUUCGUCCACUGGGAGCAGCACUCGCCGCCGGCCCAAGGAGAUACCGUCGCGCUCCCGCACCUCUACCGACUCCUGCUGCGCUGCCAGCGGCGUAGAUGCAGCCGGUUGCUCCGCGAAGAGGCGACCGCGCUCUAAGAAAGGACGUCGCAGCUCCGACGGGACGGAUGCCGAGCCUGUGCCUCCUAGAACUUUAGGUGCUUGUGCCGAUUCCUGCUGCGCCGGGGAGCGACCAGCCAGCCGCGUCAACGGGGCGAUGGAAAUCUUCUCGGACAUAGCGCACGCUACCGACCUCGAGAAGGGAUCCACGGGCAAUGAGAAGGACCAUGUCAUCCUCAGCAUCUCCGGUAUGACGUGCACCGGCUGCGAGACCAAACUUGCUCGGGCUCUCGGCACCCAUCCGGCGGUCAGGAACCUGAGGACCAGUCUAGUGCUUUCUCGCGCCGAGUUUGAUGUAGUUGGUGCUACUUCCGCCACCGAAGUCAUGAAGCAUCUCGAGAGAACGACCGAGUUCAAGUGCGAGAGGGUGACGAACAACGGCUCUAACCUUGAUCUUGUCGUCUCUCGCGGCGAUGCAGCUGCUUUCAUCAACCAGCCUUGGCCGGACGGGGUUACUGAAGUUAGAGUAGUGGACAGCAAGACCGUCAACGUCAGCUUCGACGCCAAGAUCAUCGGAGCUAGGGAUCUCGUCAAGAACGGCUGGGGCGACAGCCAAGUCCAUCUCGGCCCCCCUCGCCGCGACCUGACGCUCGAAGCGGGCAGGAGACAUGUUCGUCACGUCGGUUACAUGACCUUGCUCUCCGCGUGCCUAACCGUUCCUGUUCUGACCAUGGCUUGGGCUCCGCUUCCUGAGCACAAAAUUGAGUACGGCUCGGCAUCCUUGGCCUUGGCGACUAUCCUUCAGUUCGUCAUCGCGGGCCCCUUCUACCCAAAGGCCCUCAAGAGUUUCAUAUUCUCGAGGGUUAUCGAAAUGGACUUGCUCAUUGUUUUGAGCACUAGCGCGGCUUACAUCUUCUCGGUUGUCUCGUUCGGCUACCUUGUCUCGGGCCAGCCGCUGUCAACGGGCGAAUUCUUCGAAACAAGCACGCUACUGGUCACCCUGAUCAUGGUGGGCCGCUGGGUUGGUGCCUUGGCCCGUCAGAAUGCCGUGGAGUCCAUCUCCAUACGAUCCCUUCAGACGUCUACCGCCCUCCUCGUCAGCGACGACGGGGAAACGGAAAUCGACGCCCGCCUCCUUCAGUACGGGGAUGUUUUCAAAGUUGUUCCUGAUUCGAGAAUCCCUACCGAUGGCACGGUGGUGUCAGGCUCAUCGGAAGUCGACGAGUCAAUGAUCACCGGAGAGUCCAGGCCAGUCGUGAAGCACGUCAGAUCGCCAGUCAUCGCCGGAUCCGUGAACGGUCCAGGUACGCUGCUUGUUCGGCUGACGCGACUCCCCGGCGACAAUACCAUCAGUACUAUCGCCGGAAUGAUUGACGAGGCAAAAUUAUCCAAGCCGAAAAUCCAGGAUCUCGCAGACCGUGUUGCGAGCUACUUCGUCCCGGUUGUUGUUGCCCUGACAAUUGUCACGUUCCUUGUCUGGAUUGCCAUCGGUGUCGCUGUACGCCAACAGCCGGGAAACGAGGCUACGAUUCAAGCAAUCACAUACGCGAUCGCGGUCCUGAUCGUAUCUUGUCCCUGUGCCAUCGGCCUUGCGGUCCCUAUGGCGAUCGUUAUUGCUAGCGGCGUUGCCGCCGAGCGAGGAGUUAUCUUCAAAUCGGCGGAGAGCAUCGAGGUUGCCUACAAAACGUCCCAUGUCGUUCUCGACAAAACCGGCACGAUUACCGAAGGCAAACUCUCCGUGACUCGGGAAUGGUAUGCGGGAGGCGACCAAAACACCACCAAAUCGCUGCUUCUAGGCCUGGCGGGGGGCAUCAAGCACCCCGUUUCCGCUGCUGUAGCAGCCCAUCUGAAAGCUCAAAACGUGUUACCCUCCCCCGUAUCUGAGCCGAAGACCCUGACAGGAAGGGGUGUAGAAGGCGUUGACAAGGGGUCCGGCUUGCUCCUUCGAGCAGGUAAUUCACGGUGGCUCAACCUCGGUCCCCAUCCAGAAGUGCAGUCGGUCUUGUCGCAAGGAUACACGGCCUUCUGCUUUACCAUCGCCGGUUCUGUCGCUGCAGUCUUCGGUCUCGAAGACUCGAUCCGACCCGACGCCGCUUCUACGGUGAAGACUCUGCUCGAACGUGGCAUAUCGAUCCACAUCGUCUCGGGCGAUGACGAUGCCGCCGUGCGCCGCGUUGGAGCACAGCUGAACAUUGCGGAGACGAACAUCCGAUCCCGCUGUACCCCGUCUGACAAGCAAGCUUACAUCCAGGCGCUUCUUGGAGGCACUACCUCUCCGAAUCACACCACGAAGAGCAAGAAGAAGAAGAAGCCGGUCGUCCUCUUCUGCGGCGACGGUACCAACGACGCGCCUGCCCUAGCCCAGGCUACCGUUGGCGUGCACAUGAGCGAGGGAGGAACCGACGUCGCCCAGUCCGCGGCCGAUGUUGUCCUCAUGCGCCCCGACCUCGCUGGUAUUCUCACCACCAUCGCCGUGAGCAGGAAGUCGAUUCGCAGGAUCGCCUUCAACUUUGGCUGGGGCUUCGUUUACAACCUCUUUGCCAUCCUGCUCGCCGCCGGUGCGUUUGUCCACGCGAGGAUCCCGCCCAAGUUUGCCGGCUUAGGCGAGCUGGUUAGUGUCUUGCCUGUCAUCGCUGCGGCCACGCUGCUGCGAUGGUCCAAGAUCUGA